AUGUAUAAUCUGACAGAAUUUCCAGAGAAUGCAACUACCAACAAAAGUCAGCCUGUGAUAAUUAAGGUGUGUGUGGUUAUCCCCCUCUUCUGCCUCUUCCUCUACUGCAUUGCUGUCAUGCUGCACAUAUUUGCAUCUAACAGACAGUACAUGGAAUCCGCACGUUACAUCCUGUUUGCCUUCAUGUUGAUCAAUGACACUUUACUGCUCUUGUCCUCUGUGCUGCUUUUCCUUUUUGUCAUGGGCAAGGUGAAACUGUCUGUGAUCUACUGUUUUCCGCUGAUUUUCAUUUCCAAUGUCACUUUCCAGUGCACACCUUUAAUCCUGGCAACCAUGUCUCUUGAGCGCUAUGUUACCAUCUUCUAUCCGCUGCAGCGCCCGGCCGCCUGGCGCUCAGACCGUAUUUGGAUUAUUAUUCUGUACCUGUUGCUCACCAGCACUAUCUCCACUAUUGUUAACUUUUCCAUCGGUGGGAGGGGUCCUGCUGCAGAUAUCCUCUCUACCCCUGUGCUUUGCAAAAUUAACGUUAUUAACACAACUCAAAUCCAGAUUUUUUUCCAAAUUGGUGUAUAUUUUUUCUUUUUUGCAGUUGUGGCUGUUGUCAUCCUCUUUACAUACUUGAGAAUUCUGCUUGAAACAAAGAAAAUGAGACAAAGCAAAGUGUCUAUGAGCAAAGCCAUGCACACCGUGCUGCUACACGGCUUCCAGCUGCUGCUCUGUAAUUUGGCCUUCAUUAGCCCAAUCACUGAAAGUCUCAUAGUGCUGCAUUCCAACUGGAUACCAUCAGACAUUGCCUUUUUUAAUUUUUUCUGUUUCAUCCUUACUCCACGCUUUCUCAGCCCGCUCAUCUACGGCUUUAGAGAUCAGAAUCUCAGGGGCAGAAUCGUGAAGAAAAUUAUCUGCUGCACAGACAUACCCGGCAAGAGAGGCUUGCCGGCUUCGUGAAUUGGCUGAGUUUUGACAA